AUGAAACCCUGGGAUACGUUCCUACCAGUAAUAGCAAGAGUUACAGGAAGAGUGCUAGUAGGAAGUGAGAUGUGCAAGAAUCCCGAAUGGUUUGGACUCACAAUUGCAAACACAGCCGGCAUCAUGAAAUCAGCAAUGGAAAUCCGAGCGAAAUACUCCUCACAAUGGCAAUGGCUUGCACCUUGGACUUACGCGGGAAGGAAGGACCUUCUGAACCUCCGAAAGAGAGCUACACAUCUUUUGGAGCCCAUCUACAAAGAUCGUAUUACAUCUCGUCAGGCGGACAAUCAGAAACACAGAGAUGCAGUUCAGUGGCUGAUAGACAAUGCAGAUGGGAAGCCGAUCAGUCCAGCUCAAAUUGUGGACGCAGAAUUAUUUCUAUACAUGGCAGGAAUUCAUAGCACAAGCGCUUCUAUUGUAUCUAUUGUGUAUGACCUUAUCGCUCAUUCCAAAUACAUCCCGGAUUUGGUUGAGGAAAUCAAGCAGGUCCUCACAGAGUCCCCCAACUGGUCAAAACAGAGUCUUGCAAAACUUCGGAAAUUGGAUAGCUUCAUGAAAGAGAGCCAAAGGCUGCACCCUGCAGGUCUUGGUAAGGAAUCGAAAUGAGGGAUGUCAAGUUGUUUUGGAACUGAUGAUGUGUAGUAACGGUUCAAAGGUCUACUGUCGUCCCAUACACAUUCUCUGAUGGUUUAACUUUGCCGGCGAAUACAUUUUUAUCGUUUCCAACGUACGAGUUCACACACGAUCCUGACACAUACCCUGACCCAGAGACUUUUGAUGGGCUUCGAUUCUACCGCAUGCGAGAAGAUGGCGAUGCCACCAAGUUUCAUUUUGCCACAGUUUCGCCUGAUUCUACUAACUUCGGUGCUGGUUUUCAUGCCUGCCCAGGAAGAUUCUUCGUAGCACAUGAACUCAAGAUUAUACUGACCGAGUUGUUGUUGAACUAUGAUCUGAAAUUUGAGGUCGGGACUGAGAGACCCCAGGAUACCUUCCACGACUUUACCAUUAUCGCAAGUCGCACCGCGAACCUGUUGAUUAGGGAGAAGCAUAACGUGUGA